UCAAAUUGGAAACACACAAAGAAAAAAAGAAGGGUAAUACGGCAAUGGUUCUGUCACGGUCUGAAAUGGAGAUGAAUUAUAUGGUUCCCAUGUCUAUAAGCAAACAGCCAUUCUUUUUCUUCCUUUCAAUUCCAUUCUACCAUUUCACCCCACAACCUUUUCUCCACCGAUAUCCCAAAUCUUGCUGAAUUUCAGUUCUAGUUUGAUCUUAUCACGGCGGUUUCUUACCUCUUGAAUCUUCGAGUGAAUUGAGUUCAGUAGCACGCCGUCGGGAUUUUGUUUCUCCGAUCUUGUUCUACUUCCCACUUGUGUUCUUAGUUUGUCUCGGCAAUGGCGAAGCGUGGAUAUAAGCUACAGGAAAUUGCGGCACACUCGGCUAAUGUAAACUGUCUGAGUAUUGGGAAAAAAGCUUGCCGAUUGUUCAUAACUGGUGGAGAUGAUCACAAAGUCAAUCUUUGGGCGAUUGGAAAACCCAACUCUUUGAUGAGUCUGUGUGGUCAUACUAAUCCUGUCGAAUCGGUAGCUUUUGAUUCAUCUGAAGUUUUGGUGCUUGGUGGAGCUUCUUCUGGUGCAAUAAAGUUAUGGGAUCUUGAAGAGGCUAAAAUAGUUCGCACUCUUUCUGGUCACAGAUCGAAUUGCACAGCAGUUGAGUUUCAUCCAUUCGGCGAGUUCUUUGCAUCAGGUUCUAGAGACACUAAUCUUAAAAUCUGGGAUAUCCGAAAGAAAGGUUGCAGUCACACAUACAAGGGUCACACUCAAGGCAUUAGUACGAUCAAGUUCACGCCAGAUGGUCGCUGGGUGGUCUCCGGUGGAUUUGAUAGUGCUGUGAAGGUAUGGGAUCUAACUGCUGGAAAGCUCUUACAUGAUUUUAAGUUCCAUGAAGGGCAUAUUCGGUCCAUAGGUUUUCAUCCACUCGAGUUUCUCCUUGCGACAGGGUCAGCUGACAAAACUGUAAAGUUCUGGGAUUUGGAAACCUUUGAAUUGAUUGGAUCAACAAGACCUGAGGCUACUGGAGUUCGUGCAAUCACCUUCCACCCGGAUGGGAGGACCCUGUUUUCUGGUCUGGAUGAAAGUUUGAAGGUAUAUUCAUGGGAGCCUGUCAUUUGUCAUGACUCUGUCGAUAUGGGAUGGUCAACACUUGGUGACCUUUGCAUUCAUGAUGGGAAACUUUUGAGUUGCUCAUUUUAUCGAAGCUCUGUUGGAGUUUGGGUAGCUGACAUAUCGAAUAUUGAGCCUUAUGGAGCUAGUUCAGUAUCUGGGCAAAAGCAGCCAAAAGAACAGAAAUCUAAUUCUGCUUUCAAGAACAGUUUAGCUUCAAAAAGCUUUGGAGCUGGUUUGAUGACUUCAAAUUUACAAUCUCUGUCUCCUGAUUAUGAAACCAAGGAGAUAAAGAAUAUAUACAUAGACACCACCGGUGGAAAGCCUGAGGCGGCAUCUUUAAGCUCCCCAAAAGUUGUAUUUGCAUUGGGUUCAAAGGAGAUUAUCUAUGAUGCAAGCAAAAAGCAAAGUCCUGCAUCAAGAGUAGAAACGAAAUCUAUUGAAGUAUCAACGGUCAAACCCCCGGUUGUACCUUGUGAUAGUCCUGAGGUUAAAGACUCCGCAAGCUCUAUAAGGGAAUCUAUCACAUUUUCCAAGACAAGACGUGGUAUGUUACUCAGACCAGCUCAUGUAAGAAAGCCAUCAAAUAGUAAAAUGGAUCUUGAAAACCUAUCAGUGUCAGUUGAUUCAAGUAGAAAAACUGAUCUUGAGAGACUAGCAGUUGUAGAUUCUGUAAAUAUCUGUCAUACCACCAAUGAUUUGAAUAAAGCUCCAGAACCGAACUUCGUAACACGGGUUGUAUCGGAAGAAACACAAAAAGAUUCUCAUAGAAUAAAUUCUGAUAUCAGAAGUAUCGAGACGUUUGAAAACAUUCCCCGUGUGUCUUCUGAGACAACUUCAGAACAAGAAAGCUGCAACAAACCAGUUGUUAGUAGAAAAGGGACAAACUCUGUUAAAUUUGUAAAUGGAGUUGCAGUUGUUCCUGGAAGGACACGCACUCUUGUCGAGAAGUUCGAAAGGAGAGAACAAACUAUUGAUGUACAGACGACAAUUUCACCAUCUUAUGUCCUCGAAUCGGAAAAGACAAAGGAGCAAACUAAUAGCUAUGAAGCACAGGUGGUAACUCCUCAGAUCCUUGAAACUGAGAAGUCACUCGAACAAGCUAAUACCUAUGGAGUACAGGCAGUGGCUAUACCUUCUCACGUCUCCGAAACAGAGAAGGCGCGUGAACGAACUAAUAACUACGAAAUGCAGGCAGUGACGAUUCCUUCGCACAUCUCUGAAACUGAGAAGGCAAGAGAACGAACUAAUAACUACGAAAUGCAGGCAGUGAUGAUUCCUUCGCACAUCUCUGAAACUGAGAAGGCAAGAGAACGAACUAAUAACUACGAAAUGCAGGCAGUGACGAUUCCUUCGCACAUCUCUGAAACUGAGAAGGCAAGAGAACGAGCUAAUAACUAUGAAAUGCAGGCAGUGAUUAUUCCUUCGCGCAUCUCUGAAACUGAGAAGGCAAGAGAACGAACUAAUAACUAUGAAGUACGAGCAAUGAUUACUCCUCGUACCCCAGAAACUAAGAGGAUGACUACUAACUAUGAAGCAAGAACAAUAAAUAACUAUGAAGCAAGAACAAGAAAUAACUAUGAAGCAAUGACAACUCCUGUCACUUCUCCUGUCCCUGAAACGGAUAAAACAGACAAUUUACAGAAAGGAGAACCUCAAGCUUCUGGAAGAGAUUCUCCCUGUGCAAAUGAUAGGGAUGUCAUUGAAGACAUAAUGCAAUCUCAUGAUGUAUUCUUAAGUAGCCUUCGAUCCCGGUUGACAAAACUGCAGGUGGUACGACACUUUUGGCAGCAGAAUGACAUGAAAGGUGCCAUCAAUGCCAUGACAAAACUCCCGGAUCAUUCUGUGCAAGCAGAUGUGAUCAGCGUUCUCAUCGAGAAGAUGAAUGUCCUGACUCUAGAUUUAUUCUCGUGCCUACUUCCCGUACUCGUGGGUUUAUUGGAUAGCAAGAUAGAAAGGCAUGCCAGUUUGUCCAUGGAGAUUCUCUUGAAGCUUGUAGCAGUUUUUGGUCAUGUUAUAACCUCAGCAGUAUCAGCACCUCCAGUAGUUGGUGUUGAUCUUCAUGCAGAGCAGAGGGUACUUUGCUGCAAGCAAUGCUUCACCCAUCUGCAGAAGAUUCAAAAAAUUCUUCCAUCAUUUGCAAGGAGAGGUGGUUCACUAGCAAGAAGUGCUCAAGAAUUGAAUCUGGUACUUCAACAAUGUUAAGUUUCAUUCACUAUGUCAAAUUUUUGGCAAAGAACAGGUAAAUAGUUAGGCUGAUACCUCCAAUAGAAAGAACUUGGAGAUGCAACACCUUUACAAGUUGAAGCCAUCGGCCAUGUCCCACAAUUUUGUGAUUCAUGGAGGGUGAAGCCGAGCAGAAAGACAACGGAAAACCUUAGACGACGAACGUGAAGUCGGCAGGUCGGGUUCUUCGGACGGAACAAUGGAAGCCCUCCUCAUUUUGAUUCUUCAUAUUCCAGGUAUUGUUUGUAUCUUCUAAUCAACAUCUUGUAAGUAUGUGCCAAUUCAAACAUGUAAUGCAUGGAGAUAUUGAAUUCAAGCAUAUGGGUAGAGCUGUUUGCUUCUGCUUGAAAGAAUGUUAUGUCGCUGAUA